AUACGGCCCCAAAACAGCACAAUUAUCUCUGCUUAUCUGCUUAAACAAAAAGGGUUGGAGUAUUGACCGAUACCGCAUCCCCUCUUUAACGCGUAUAGACGAAAGAUAAAGGCGCAUCCUUUAUUCAGGAGCUCCCCUAAUAACGCCUUUACACUUCAAUUUAAGACUGAUGCAUUUUUAAAUCUUGCCAAACACGGUUUACAACUUAAAUCUUUUCCUCGCUGCUAAAACACACUUGUAGGUUACCGUAUUUGAAGACUAGACUAUUGUCUGGGGUUUUAACUGCAGCCCCCCGUUGUGAAGCUAUAACUCCCAGCAAGUAUUCAUUUAAAUAACAUUAUGUACUUUGCGAUAUUAGAAAAGACGUUUCUUGCCUGUUACCAAGAUGAGAGAAUGGUUUCUGCGCACGGUCUGAGCUGAGGAAAAUCUGAACGCAAUUAAUAACAAUGUGCACAAAAGCCUCGUGGGGAGGGGAGUUUAUUCCAUCAUGGUGAAAUAAGGUCCGCAUGAUUUCGUUCGUGGUACCGUUUUCCAGUUUUACAACUUGUUUGGUGUCUUUAAUAAGUAAUGUGCAAAUGAUCAGAGAUGACAUUUUAUUUAGCUGUUUCACAGCAAGAGCCACUUGGAUGCUUCAGAAAUCAAACGCUUUUAGACUGAAAGGGUUCACAACAGGAAAUCAGUGGUUACGAUUAGCGACUAAGCUAUAGGUUUGACCUGUGUUUAUGAACUGUCACCUCGAGCGUUUACUCCGCCGAGACCGUGACGAGCAUUAGUUAUUAGAAUACUGCAUGGAUGGAUUGAAGCUUUUCACUGCCGGUGUGCGUCAGAGCCUCUUAGAUACGGGAGUGUGUGUCCUCAGGGAGCUAUUCCAGUGUGUACGGAGGCAAGGAAAACAAGGAAACACAGGUGUGUCACAUGUGUCACGUGGACGUCACACAGCCUUGGAUUCAACGCUAUGGAUGUUAGCACCGAGAAAGACGAGGAAACCUCACCUGUGUCAGACAACAGUUUGGAAGCAAACGCUUUCCUUUUGGCGGACCGCUAGAAGGCCAUUGGUUGACGGGGAGGCCAUUUGCAUAUGCCGGGGCUUAAAGUCCCACAGUAGACUCAGAGUUUGACACAGUUGUCAUUCGACUUGACAAGGCAGCGGUGGACUCGUUGCGUCAUUUAUGUCUAGUUUUCUGACCAGAACUCCGUAAAUCCGCAACAUGGGACUUUGCAGGAGCGCAGAAGUUGCGCUGCUGUGCGCGGCGCUCGCGCUUUUCUUUUACGCCGCUCAGGCUACAACUACAAAAUAUUUCACCUACGAGGAGGACGCGCCCGGCACAGAGAUCGGGAAUUUGUCUGAAGAUUUAAAGAUUGAUCCCGGCGAUGACCCCGACACGUCGUUCCGCUUCAUGCAGGAGAACAACUCGUCCGUGAUCCACAUGCGGGAGAUCGACGGGCUGCUGAGCGUCGCGGAGACAAUUGACCGAGAGCUGCUCUGCCCCAGGUCGCCGCGGUGCUUCAUCGCGUUCGACAUUGUGGCCUUUUCCAGGGAGAAGUUUCAACUCAUCCACGUGGAGAUCGAGGUAAAAGACAUCAACGACCACUCGCCCCACUUUCCACUCAACGAGACGCAUCUGGAGAUCGUGGAAAAUGUGCCACUGGGCUCGCGCUUCCCACUGCAGGUCGCUCUGGACCAGGACGUGGGCAUCAACUACAUCCAGAGCUACAACAUCUCCGCCUCCAGCCAUUUCGACAUAGACGUGCGCGACAGGGAGGACGGGGUGAAGUUUGCGGAGCUGGUGCUGGUGAGGGAGCUCGACCGGGAGGUGGAGGACGACUACGCGCUCCAAGUCGUGGCGUCGGACGGAGGAGCGCCGCCGAAGUCCGGCUCCAUGACCGUUCACGUCAAAGUGCUGGACUUUAAUGACAACAGCCCGACUUUCGAGCACAGCUCUCUGAAAGUGGAGCUGACCGAAGACGCGCCCGUUGGCCACAGAGUCCUCAAAGUGCACGCGUUUGACCCCGACGACGGCAUCAACGGCGAGGUGACGUACGCGUUCGCCGACGGGCUGUCGCCGGAAGCCGCGCGGCUCUUCCACGUGGACCCCCGCUCCGGCGACGUGACGCUGAGAGCGCUGGUCGACUUCGAGAAGAGGCGCUCGUACGCGCUGCGCAUCAGCGCCUCGGACCUGGGCGCGAACUCGGUCCCGUCCAGCUGCAGGGUGGUGGUCGACGUCGUGGACGUGAACGACAACGCGCCGGAAAUCGCGAUCAAGCCGAUGACCUCCAGCAGCGACGGAGUCGCCUACAUCACGGAAGCGGCGGCUGCGGAGAGCUUCGUGGCGCUGAUCAGCACCUCGGACAGAGACUCGGGCUCCAACGGCUUCGUGCGCGUCAGCCUUCUCGGGCACGAGCAUUUCACCCUCCAGCAGGCGUACGGGGACACCUUCAUGAUCGUCACCACCACCACGCUGGACAGGGAGAGGAUCCCCGAGUACAACCUGACGGUGGUGGCGGAGGACCUGGGGAGCCCGCCCUUCAGGACGGUGCGGCAGUACUGCAUCCGCGUCACCGACGAGAACGACAACGCGCCGCUCUUCAGCAAGGCGCUCUACGAGGUGUCAGUCCUGGAGAACAACAUCCCCGGCUCGUACGUCACCACGGUCGUCGCCCGGGACCCCGACGUGGGGAAGAACGCCAAAGUCUCGUACAAGCUGCUGGAGUCCGAGGUGGCGGGAGGCGGCCCGGUGUCCACGUACGUGUCCGUCGACUCCGACUCAGGCUCCCUGUACACGCUGCGCUCCUUCGACUAUGAGGCUCUGCAGCACAUCGAGCUGGUCAUCCAGGCUGAGGACAGAGGCGCCCCCCCUCUUUCAAGCACCGCCACCAUCAGGGUCAACGUGGUGGACCAGAACGACAACAGCCCCUACUUCACCUUCCCCGCGCUGCUCAACGACUCGGCCGAGGUGCCUCUGGCCGUGAACGCGCCCGCCGGCUACCUCGCCCUGCGCGUGGCCGCGGAGGACCCGGAUGAGGGCGCCAACGCGGAGCUCUCCUACCACAUCGCGCAGGGCGACCCGGCGCUGUUCGCCAUCGACAAGGACACGGGAGAGAUCGCCCUGAGGCGGCGGCUGACGGCCGAGGUCGGGGACGUGCUGGAAGCCGUGGUCUCGGUGAGCGACGGCGGCCGCGCCCGGCUCUCCGCCAGCGCCGCCGUGCGGUUCGUCGUCUCCGACGCGGCGCCCGAGGGCCGGGUCGUCGUCGUGCCGCGGCCCAAGGACGAGGGCGCGCGCGGCGCGGACGGCUCGCUGGUCGCCGUCGCCGUGCUCGGCGGGGGGUGCGUGCUGCUGCUGCUCGCCAUCGUGGCGGUGGCGGUCACGUGCCGACUGGGCCGCGCGGGCGGGCGCCGCGGCGCCAAGAGGGACGCGCGCCGCAGCCUGUUCGACAGCGGGCCCGUGUCCGUGCUGGGCUCCGCCGAGGCCAACAUAUACGCGGGCCGCCGCGGCUUCCUGCACGGGAGGACCUCCUCCUCGCUGGACGAGGACGAGAGGAGCGGGGACUCGGAAACCAAGAUGUUCCUGCCCUCCAAGCAUUUCCAACCAGCGUCUGCGUGGCAGGGUGACAAGUACUGCUUGCAAGUGAAUGGCAUCGGCGCCAACGACCAGCUGAGCGUGAAGGACAGCGGCAAAGGGGACAGCGACUUUAACGACAGCGACUCCGACAUCAGCGGCGACGGAGGCAGGAGGAACUUCACCACCUUCCACCCGCGGAUAAAAAGUACGUCCAGCGCCACCAACAGCCUGUCAGGCGACUGUCAGGGCACAUACUGCGCCAUCCCAGCCUCCAGAGACGCCGCCUACGCCCUCGGCUUCCCCCCGGCGCCCGUCUUCAGCCCCCGCGGCUACGCCUGCUCCUGGAAGGACUCCUACGGCACCAGCCAGCCCAAGCCCAGGAGCGGGACUCACGCCUUCACCAGGACCGGGACCCUCCCCUGCUACUUCCCCCAGUACCGGCACGAAGGCGCUGCUGCCAGAGGCGUGGAAAUCUACAAGCAGAGUCCAAACACUGUGACUGUGGCCACGCCGCUAGAGGUGGCAACCAUCUUUUAAGACACAUAAGCUGCUGGAGAAAUCUGUAAAUAACUGUAAAUCUGCUGCUCGCUCUGUGAUUAACACGUGUACAUACUUUUGAUGAGCUUUAUUUAUGUUUCUGCUUCCUUUAUGCCUUUAUGCGCACUGGAGUCCCAAUAAAUGUGUGAUAAAACUAAUGAAA